UUGUUUGUAUUUUUUAUAACUGAUUUGUGAGUUAUCAUCAAAUUUUUAUUUUUUACAAACAAUGUCAUCGAUGAAGAUAUCAUUUUAUUUAUCUGCAAUUACUAACAAUUAUUUGAAUAUUCAUUGUCUGAUUGCCGUAGUUUUGUGGACAGUUAUACUUAUUGUCGGCGAUCGGACAUCACUGGUGGUCGCCGGCGGCGGUAUCGACUUCUGCGACAAAUACAAAGCUCACGACUACAAGAUAUCGUUUGCUUACGGCGUCUACAAUCACAAUCUGACCGAUAAAGAACUGGACGACAAAUGGAUGAAGUAUUUGAUUGUCGACAACUAUUACUGGCGUCUCAAGUUUACCGACGGUCCGGAGGCCAACAAAUCGGUCGAAUUUGUCGACAGUGUCGGCGGCGGUGGCAGUGAAUCCAGUAUUAUCAAUGAAAAAACAUACGAACUGAUUUGGAACGUAUGGUUCGCUUCGGGUGAUACCGGAAGACUUAAAGGACAUGAUUAUGCUUAUCAUCGAUUUGGCGGACGAGAGAGAGGCUUCCCAUGGAUCAGUUGGUAUCAACUCGACAACAAUCUCUCUAAUAUGGCAAUCACACACAAUACUCACUAUAAUCUAACUGUUGCUGACUUUAGGCCACAGUUUGCUUGGGUGUCGACCGUCCGAAAGGGUAGAGAAUCGCGAUUUGUCACCCUUUGGGACAAAUUCACUACAAAUGUCUACAAUUUUACUGAUCCACAGUUCAUGCAAUUAGUCAAACGGACAAACAGUUUGCCGGACGAACCGAUACUUUUCGGUGAUAGCGAACGAUCGCUGGACAAGAGUCUCAAUAUUGUCGGUAUUAUCGGUCAGUACAGUGUUGCAGACAGUGGCGGCAAAAACGAUAGCAUUCGUGGACACGGAUCCAUUGUUUUCAUGAACUUCGGCGAGUCUAUCAAAUACUGUUAUGUUGGCAAUCCGUUUAUCAGUGAUUCCUGCAAACCGGAAAACCUGAAGACACUGAUCACAUGCCCUACACCGACAUCACCGCCGCCGAUACCCGUCGCCGUUGUUACUGAAAGUAUCACCAAUAGUACUACUGCUAAGCCUGACGACGACGACGACGACGGACCAAAUUGGCUGUUAAUACUUAUACUGAUUGUAGUGGCAGUGGUUAUACUAUUACUACUGCUAUGUCUGGCCCUAUGUUGUUGUUUACGGGGCAAAAACGGUCAGAAAGUCGACGACAACAAAGCUGACGUAAUGUCGUCAAUGCCAUCGCAAGCAUCGGGAGCUAUGUCGACACGAUCUGGUUUUGGUAGUCCUGAUGGUAGCGGUAAACAACAGCAAUCAAUGGUCUCGUCUAAUAUGGACAACGCAUCGAUUAGGUCAGGCGUUCAAUCGCCGGGUAGUAGUAGUAGUGGCAGACAAUCAGCAGCGGGCGGAUCGCCGACAUCGACGGCAGACAAUGCAAAUAUGAGAUCCAGUUUUGGUGGUGCAGUUGGUUCGCCUAAACAGUCACCACUGGCUAAUGCGUCGACGUUUAGCAAUCGCGACGAUACAAACAUCAGGUCAGCCAAUGUUCAGUCGUCAGCAGCCGACCCGAAAUCACCACUACUAGCGGCUAACAACCAGUCGUCGACAGUCGGACCGGCGGCGGGAGCGGCCGCGGCAAGCAAUGUGAGCAACAAUGUUGACUUGAGGUCAUCGAUGCAAACAUCGGGCGCCAAACAAUCACAACAACAACAACCGAUGACCAGUCCAUCGAUGGCCAGUCAAGCGAGUAUGAGAUCCGGUGUUUGAGAGAUUAGAAAACCGAUAUUAAGAGAGAAAACAAAAUAACAAAAAAAACAAUUUAUUUAUCAUUCAAUCAAUUUUUGUUUUAAAA